GUGCGUGUGUUUAGUGUGCUAAGAAAGUAAGAAGAAGCAAAGCAUGUGGGGUUCCACGCAGAGCCUCCUACGUGGGGCUCUCCCAGGGCUGAAACGAACUGAACGCUGGAGGAACGAUUGGACACGAUGUGAUAAACUCUAUUUGUACUAAACCAUUUAAUGCUAACUUCAUGUAGAUCGCGCGUAGAACCAUACUGCUAGAACCUGCUGUACGAGAGGCAUAGAAAGAAAAUGGCGAAGCAAUGUUCGCUCCUUUUUGUACUAUUCCGACCCUUUUUUAAAAAUGGCGUCCGGGAAAGGAUAAUGGAUGUACAUACAUAUGGAAUGGCAGGUUAAAAAAUAGAGGAAUGUCAGGCGUAUACAUAAAUUUUAAAAACACGCGCAAUGUCGUCGGAGGGAUAGAAAGCUCGCCGCAGGCUCAACUAGUUGAAAGCCGUUAUCCGAAAUCCGUGUGAAGUAUGAUUCAUUUCCCAGGAGCAUGCGUUACCUUGACCAGCAGUAGUGAGCGCAUUUACCAUAAUUACUUCUACCGCUUGUUUGCCCUAGAGAGCUGGACCGCCAAACUAGACCCCGAGCCUGGGUCCUGGGUGUGAGUUUUGAUCCUUUAUACCACCACGCCACACCAGGUUUAGAGCCGAAUCGAUGCUGAUGGUGUGCAGUAUGAGUUCAUCCCUUGCGAACGUUUCUGAUCUCUUGACGAUGCUUCCAACAACAACCAUUGCGUGUUGAUUUUUUUACUUCUGCUUACCAUUUAAAACGCCCUGUAGCACACCAUCAGCGGGUAGGCUUCAAUGUGCGAAGAAAAUGUGAGGUUAACCGCUUCUAAGUAUAUGCGCGAACAUACAAAAGGCUAUCGCUUUCAGUGGACUAAGUGGAACACACACAUUGGUAAGUGGGGUUAGAAAAUAGGAAUUAGGCUGUAAGCUCUAUGUACACAGGUGUAGAACGGGGAAGUGGGGAUUUAAAAUCUCCGCCGUAAUACUUAAAUUAAAACGAAGACGGAACAAGAGUACUCUGCUCGGAGUGCGAUCGUGAUCGAUGACACACACACACACUGUACCUUUAGGAUCAUCUAAUCUUAAGGUGGGAGGUAUAUGGAGGCGAGAGUUGCACACCCUAGACGUUUGAUCCCGCGUAAGCAUAUUGUCGUGAGCCCCUCGGAAGCUGCUGCUGAGUGUGUCCUGAUAUGCUAGACUAAAAUGAUUUGAUUGCACUACGGUACGUUCGUUGCUACCGAGGGACAAUUAAAUAAAACUCUACCAAUGCGUGAUACUACAACAAAAAAAAAACUACUAAAUGAAACGUGUGACGAGGAUGAGAAGCGAAAUCGGCAGUAGUGUAAUGAUGAUAAAACUGGGAUCGUAACCAUAUUACUAUCUACUCCUCCUCGCACGGUGUGGUAACUCACCGUGCGGAACGACACGCGCCACGCAACUGUAAUCAAUUCUAUUCAAAACUAUAGACAUUUAAAUUGUACUUUAAAAACCGAUACGUCAGCUUGCUUUUCGAAGUGCUAUAAAGAGAGAGGACAAAGAGCGAAACAAACCGCGGACGGGCGGAUAAAAUUUUUCCAACCCUGUCGAAACAACCGUAAGAGAGUGGAAGUGCAAACGAAUGGGAUUUGAGAUGGGGAAAAUGCAACGCUUCCAUCCUUUAGGGAGAAAGAACGAGCGUUUGGUCAAACAUCGAUACCGUGGGGACGUGUUGGCGUAGGUCAGUAAUAAAUUGUGUGAGGCAAAGGAGGAACGAUCUGGUAUUGCAAGCAUAGAGGGAGGAGGAAAAAUAAUAAAAAUGCCCAAUACACGGGGCAAUUAACGCUACACAACAUUCGGCCAUGAAUGUUUGGAGGAUGCAUGUAGGUCGGAA